GCUCCGCCCUCAGGGCCGGGCUCCCCCCGGGUAUAUGUAGAAAGAUCAGCUCCGCCCCUAGACACCAGCCAAGGGGCGGAACAAGGGUCUGUUCCACCCUGGGCGGUCCCCCCUCUUAAACCCAAGUCUCGGGACGUUUUCACCCAAACCAUGACGGAUCUGGAGAAGCCCCAUACCACAGGCCACAUGUUCGACGUAGUCGUGAUUGGAGGCGGCAUCUCAGGGUUGGCUGCUGCCAAACUCUUAUCUGAAUACAAAAUUAAUGUCUUGGUAUUGGAAGCCCGGGAUAGAGUUGGAGGAAGAACAUAUACUGUGAGAAAUGAACAUGUUAAAUGGGUAGAUGUUGGUGGAGCCUAUGUAGGACCAACCCAGAACAGAAUCUUACGCCUAUCUAAGGAGCUAGGCAUAGAGACCUAUAAAGUGAAUGUCAGUGAGCGUCUAGUUCAAUAUGUCAAGGGGAAGACUUACCCAUUUCGUGGUGCAUUUCCACCUGUGUGGAAUCCCUUGGCAUAUUUGGAUUACAACAACCUGUGGAGGACAAUGGAUGAAAUGGGAAAAGAGAUCCCCUUUGAUGCACCAUGGCAAGCACGACAUGCUGAGGAAUGGGACAAGAUGACCAUGAAAGAUCUCAUUGAUAAAAUCUGCUGGACAAAAACUGCUCGAGAAUUUGCUACUCUUUUUGUGAAUAUUAAUGUGACUUCUGAGCCUCAUGAAAUAUCUGCCCUGUGGUUCCUGUGGUAUGUGAAGCAGUGUGGUGGCACCACUCGGAUAUUCUCAGUCACCAAUGGAGGCCAGGAACGGAAAUUUGUAGGUGGAUCUGGCCAAGUAAGUGAACAGAUAAUGAAGCUCCUUGGGGAUAAAGUGAAGCUGAACGCUCCUGUUAAUUAUAUUGACCAAACGAAUGACAACAUCAUUGUAGAGACACUGAAUCAUGAACACUAUGAGUGCAGAUAUGUAAUUAGUGCCAUCCCACCAACUUUGACUGCCAAGAUCCACUUUAAACCAGAGCUUCCACCUGACAGAAACCAGUUAAUUCAGCGUCUUCCAAUGGGCGCUGUCAUCAAGUGCAUGGUGUAUUACAAGGAAGCCUUCUGGAAGAAAAAGGACUACUGUGGCUGCAUGAUCAUUGAAGAUGAGGAAGCUCCCAUCUCAAUCACUCUAGAUGACACCAAACCAGAUGGGUCAUUGCCUGCCAUCAUGGGCUUCAUACUUGCCCGGAAAGCUGACCGACUUGCUAAGCUACAUAAAGAUAUGAGGAAGAAGAAAAUCUGUGAGCUGUAUGCCAAAGUUCUGGGAUCUGAAGAAGCUUUAUAUCCGGUCCAUUAUGAAGAGAAGAACUGGUGUGAGGAACAGUACUCUGGGGGCUGCUACACAGCUUACUUCCCUCCUGGCAUCAUGACCCAGUAUGGAAGGGUGAUUCGCCAGCCAGUAGGCAGGAUUUACUUUGCAGGCACAGAAACAGCGACACAGUGGAGUGGCUACAUGGAAGGAGCAGUCCAAGCUGGAGAGCGAGCAGCUAGAGAGGUCUUGAAUGCUCUAGGAAAAGUUGACAAGAAAGACAUAUGGGUUCAAGAGCCUGAGUCCACUGAUGUACCAGCAUUUGAAAUUACCCACACCUUCUUGGAGAGGAACCUGCCUUCUGUGCCUGGUCUGCUAAAGAUCACUGGUUUUUCCACCUCUGUGGCUCUUCUGUACUUCGUAUUGUGCAAGUUUAAACUGCUGCCACGAUCCUGAAUUUUUUCACCCUUGGGCCUCCUGCUUGAUCAUCCUUAGCACCAUCACCAUGAAAAGGAAAAUAUGGAUGAAUUAAAGCAUGUGUCUUGGGCCGUUUAAGUGCACUUGAUUUAACCCUCCUUAGUUUAAUUUCAGUAUUUGUAAAGUGAUAACAAUCCAAAGAAUCACCUAGUUAAUUUCAGUAAGAUUAAGUUUCAUCCUGUUAGACUAAUUCGUGUUGGAUAAUAGAAUAAAAUGUUGUGAGUGCUUAAUUUCAGAAAGUCAAGUCCAUGAGAGGAAUAAUUUCUGGGUUCUGUUUUUAUUGCCUUUAAUGCAAAAUAGUUGAUGGUUUCAGAAAUAAAACACUUGACUAAUGUGUCUUUUGUGUAGCUUCCCAGAUGUGCAGAUUAAAAUAGUGGCUGAAAUGUUCCCUAGGCAUCUUCACAGACUAGUCCCAUGUGAGACAAACUACAGUAGGCACUUUCUUUUCUGGAUUGUAUCUAGACAUAAAUUGACCAUUGCCAAUAACAUUCUGAGCUGAUUUAAGGAAAGUAACAUUUUUUUUUUCGUGUGGUCCAUGGCUGUCUGAUCAUAAUAUUAGACCUCUAAGCUUACCUGUGUCCUCACCUUGGUAAAAUAUUAGCAUGCCAUUUUUCUUUCAAGUAUCAAAGGACACAUUAAAUUUUCUCUAUUGUUUAUUGAUAUAGUCAAAUACAGAAAUAAAAUUAGGGCUCUAUGUGAUAAGCUCACUUGUUUAACUUAUUAGGUUUUAUAACAGACAUUAAAUUGAAUGAUUUUAUAUCUUAGUCAUAUUAUAGAUCUGGAACAGUGCCUAUUUAUUCUUUUUCCCACUUUAAAACUGUCAAUUUUUAAAAGAAAAAAAAACUUUCCAAAGGGUUCAACUACAAAGCACUUCCUUUUUUAAAAAAAUGUCAACAUAUUUUUUAUUUAAGAAGAAUUAAAAGAUUGCCAGCACAUGCUAGCCAACCCAAGUUUAUGACACUAGCUUUAUCUGUCCAGCUUUAUCUUGUAAUUCGAAAGCAUUUUAACUAAGUUAAAUUUUUCAGUGAUGUCUUAGAUGUUAUCCAGUACAUAAGGAGUUGCCUUGAUUCAUAUCAAACUACAGUGAGAAUGCUCAGCACUGAUCUGUAACAGCUGUGCACUUACCAACUAACUCAGUCCUGACAUACCUUGAAAUGAUUUAAACAGCUGAAUUGGCAAGAGUUCUAACAGUGUUCAAGUUGUUAACAUUGAACUAUUGAAUAUUGCAAACCUCCUGAGUUUGUAUUUUACCCCUUUCUACUUCAUCUUCAUAAUAUCAAUCUUGUUAAGUUACAGUUUGGGUAUUAACAUGAUAUCCAGUACAGAUGUGCUUAGACAUGUAAUGGGAAUUGGGAAACACCAUAUGUGAGGUUGUGUACCCCCAAAAUAAAAAGUCUUUUCAUUGAAACAGAGAAAGAAAAGUCAUUUGAAGAGGUUGAUAAUCCCCUUCCCAGUUCUGAAGUCCACUUGGCCUUUUCCAUAGUUAGGAUGAGAAUUAGAAUUAGAUUUUAAAAGUACACCUUUUUGUCACAGCUGUUAAAUAUGGUCUCAUGUUACAAUGAAAAAAAUUAAACUUCACUGAAGGACUGUGAACUAUGUUUUAUUUGAUGGUUGUGAAAUUGGUACCUAAUGUUCCAUAUUCAAAAUUGGCUCCACAGCUACAUCUAUGCCUAUCAUAUGAUUUGCCACUGAAGUAAGAUUUUGUCUCUAUGGUACUUGGUUUUAUUGUUGCUAAUAAAAUGUGAUGCAACUCUUCA